AUGGAACAACGGCGCUCGUCCCCCUCUUUAAAGCCAAGAAGCCCGCGGCCCCCCACCAACAGAAAGAGAAGCAAUUCAUUGCCCUUCAUGGAGGCUUUGGGCUGCUCGACCCCAGAAGCCAGGAUGAUGUUGGCCGAGGGCAGGGCUGCAGUUCGUAACCGGAGACGCGGCCGCCAAAACAGGCCUGUCAAUGAAGAAGAAAACGCCACUACUUUCGACCCUCGGAACCAUCUCAAAUAUCUCGAUAGUUUGUACCAGAGACAUGUUUCAUCAACGCCACACACUGCCAAGCUCAACCACUCUCGACAUACCUCCGAUGCCACAGACAAGAGUACAUCGACAAUAGUUGCACCAAGGAGGGAUGGUGACUUGGCCGGUCGCGGCACCCCAAGCCCACUGGGAGACUACUCCGCCAAUCUUGCAUCCUUCAUCAAGGCACAACUGAGGUCCAUACCCGCUUACACAUCAUCAUCUGACCAGAUCUCUCCUCGUUCGUGUCCGGAGUUGUCUUUCCAGCUGCGGACUCCUCCGCAGUCGCCAAACAAGGCCACAAGGAGACCUUUGGAAGCACCCCAGGUCAUCAACAUCCCCCCUGUGCGGCCCCCGAUGCAGAGUGCUUUCUCUGCGUGGAGCUCAACCGACGAGUCCGAAGACGACUAUGUACCCGCACUACCCGAGGUUGAACAGUACGCUCAGAACGCAGUGUCCAAAGCAAGCAACCGGAGCACACCUUCAGUGCUGAGAUACUACGCUCACUCCAACGAGUCGUUCCUGUUCUCGUCCACGCCUGAAGAAGAGGAGCCUUAUACUGCCAACGGUUUCCAGUUUCCCAGCCCGCCAGCCCUCUUUUGCUCCUCAACCGAAUCCCACUCACCACCCCACGAUGACGAUGCCGACUACUACCCAUCGUCCCAUUCAUCGCGGCCGCAGCUUACCUCUUCUUCGAAGCCAUCCAUCUCUUCAUCAUUAGCCUCGACACCAUCGUACUUUGAAUGCAAACGUCCCGUCUCGAACCUGUUCCCGCCUCAUAUGAAAGAACGGAUCGUUGCGGCAGUCACGCCCCCAAAAGGGAAGAUGCUGAGUGCGGUCUCUCCGUUCGAGGGCGCUUCGCUAUCGAAUGUUCACGAUUUGUUCAUCGAGUCGCAGCACCGUGUUCAUGUCGAUGGUUUGUCAUUCGAUAUGCUGCGCGACUUCAUCGUACCUACAAGCAGAGUCUCAACACCAGUUUGA